GUGAGUGUGUGUGUGUGUGUGUGUGGUCUGCUUCGUCUGCUUCCUGCUGCUGCUCUACACACAUCGUCCGUCUCGUCAGUGUUGGUCGUUAACCAUGGCGGAAGGACGCAGAGAACAGCAGCCACAUCCCCUCUUCUCCGUUCCACCGGCCAGCAAGAGACCCUGCCUGCGCCCCGCUCCUCGGGGUCCAGGGCCGGGGCUCGGACACGGAUGUGGGGUACACAAUGCCCGGUACCGUUCCCCGGAGUCCCUCUUGGACUGUGCGGCGAAGGCAGUUGCGGAGAAGUGGGCCUUCGAGAGAGUGGAGGAGCGCUUCGAGCGGAUACCCGAGCCUGUCCAGCGCCGUAUCGUGUACUGGUCUUUUCCCAGAAACGAAAAGGAAAUAUGUAUGUACUCGUCGUUUCAGUGCCGAGUCGCCGGCGACGAGGCUCCGGUGGCGGCUGCCGGCAGCGCCGGGUCUGGAGCGGUACCAGCCACCACCGCUGCUGCGUCUGCUGCUGGAUCUACCACCGGGACGACGGCGACCGCAGGGGCAGCAGGGACAUUAGGAACCGGAGACGGACUACCUUUCCGCCGUGGCAUAAGGCUGUUGGAAACGGGAUGUGUUGAAAACGUUUUACAAGUCGGGUUUCACCUCAGUGGCACUGUCACGGAACCCACGACGUCGUCAGAACCAGCGGUCACACACAAGGUGGCCAUCAGCUUCGAUCGCUGUAAGAUAACGUCCGUCACCUGUGGUUGUGGGAAUCGGGAUAUAUUCUACUGUGCACACGUGGUGGCGCUCUCUCUGUACCGGAUUCGCAAGCCUGAGCAGGUGAAGCUGCGGCUGCCCAUCUCAGAGACGUUGUUCCAGAUGAACAGAGACCAGCUGCAGAAGCUGGUCCAGUAUUUGAUAACAGCCCACCACACUGAGGUGCUGCCCACUGCCCAGAAACUGGCGGAUGAGAUCCUGUCCUCCAACUCUGAGAUCAACCAGGUCCACGGUGCACCAGACCCCACCGCUGGUGCCAGUAUUGAUGAUGACAACUGUUGGCAUCUGGAUGAGGAUCAGGUCAGAGAACAGGUCAAAGAGUUCCUGUCCCAGGGAGGAUACUACGGCUCGGGGAAGCAGCUCAACUCCAUGUUUGCAAAGGUGCGGGAAAUGCUAAGAAUGCGAGACUCCAACGGUGCACGAAUGCUGACCCUCAUAACAGAGCAGUUCAUGGCCGACCCGCGACUCUCGCUGUGGAGACAACAGGGCACAGGCAUGACUGACAAGUGUCGGCAGCUCUGGGAUGAGCUGGGUGCAUUGUGGGUGUGUGUAGUGCUGAACCCUCACUGCAAAAGUGAGGAGAAAAGCUGUUGGCUAAAGCAGCUGAAAAAGUGGGGGGACAUGGACGUCUGUCCCCUGGAGGACGGUAACUACGGCAGUGAGCUUCCCAACAUCACUAACGCUCUGCCUCAGAGCAACCUGGCACAAGACUCUUUGUCCAGGCCCAGAAGGACGGUGUUCAGCCGGGCCGUGGAGGCCUGUGACCUCCACUGGCAGGACAGCCACCUCCAGAGAAUCAUCAGUAGUGACUACUACAUGUCUCCAGCCUAUCAGAGGGAGGGAGAGAAUCUGCUCUUCAACCCUCAGGGUCUGCCUCUCUGGCUUGACCAUGUUCCUACAGCAUGUGCCCGUGUGGAUGCCUUGCGUUCCCACGGUUACUCCAGGGAAGCCCUGCGCUUGGCGGUGGCCAUCAUCAACACGCUGCGCCUACAACAGCAGAGACAGAUGGACAUCUACAAACACCAGAAGAAAGAGCUUCUCCAGAGGGGAGUGACAUCCACCACCAACCUUGAAGGUUGGGUUGGCCACCCCUUAGAUCCAAUUGGCUGCCUGUUCAUCACACUCACUGAGACCUGCCGCAUCGAUGAAGACAUCAGUAUGAACACAAGAGAGGGAGAGUCCAGACCUCCGGUGUACCAGCACGUCCCAGUGUGGGGAAGUCCUGACAGCGGGGAGUCCUACCUGACCCUAGCCUUGGAGGUGGCUCUGAUGGGAAUGGGCCAGCAGAGGAUAAUGCCAGAGGGUCUUUAUGCCCAGGACAAGGUGUGUCGCAACGAGGAGCAGAUAGUUGCCAAACUCCAGGAGCUGGAACUGGACGACCUCCUUGUUCAUACUCUUAGGAAACAGGCCAUACAGCUGCUGGAUGCUGGUCCAUUUAGUGGCCUGGGUGAGGUCAUCCACAGGGAGAGCGUUCCCAUGCACAUUUUUGCCAAGUACCUCUUCUCUGCCCUGCUGCCCCACGAUGCAGACCUGGCCUACAAAGUGGCCCUGCGUGCAAUGAGGUUACCGGUGUUGGAGUCGUCGGCGGGCUCGGCCGACGUGGGCCACCCUCACCACAGUAUCUCCAUCGUACCAAGUAGAUACCCACGUUGGUUCACACUGGGGCACCUGGAGUCACAGCAGUGUGAGCUAGCCUCCACCAUGCUAACUGCUGCUAAAGGUGACAUGCUGAGGUUGAGGACUGUUCUAGAAGCCAUCCAAAAGAACAUCCACUCUUCUUCUUUAAUUUUCAAACUGGCCCAGGACGCCUUCAAGAUAGCCACACCUGCAGACAGCCAGCCUGACAUGACUCUGCUCAACGUGGCACUAGAACUGGGCCUGCAGGUGAUGAGGAUGACUCUGUCCACACUCAACUGGAGACGGAGGGAAAUGGUCCGCUGGCUGGUGACCUGUGCCACUGAAGUCGGUCUUCGAGCGCUGGUGAGCAUCUUGCAGAGCUGGUACACUCUCUUCACGCCGACCGAGGCCACAAGCAUCGUUGCGGCCACCGUCAUGUCCCACAACACCAUCCUGCGCCUCAGCUUGGACUACCCCCAACGUGAAGAGCUGGCGAGCUGCGCGAGGACCCUGGCCCUUCAGUGUGCCAUGAAGGACCCUCAGAACUGCGCUCUGUCUGCUCUGACCCUCUGUGAGAAAGACCACAUUACCUUCGAGACAGCCUACCAGAUCGUGAUCGACGCGGCGUCCACAGGAAUGACGUAUUCACAGCUCUUCACCAUCGCCAGGUACAUGGAGCACCGGGGUUACCCGCUGCGCUCCUUCAAACUGGCCUCCCUCGCCAUGACACACCUAAACCUGGCGUACAACCAGGACACGCAUCCGGCCAUAAACGACGUGCUGUGGGCCUGCGCGCUCAGCCACUCUUUGGGUAAAAACGAGCUGGCAGCCAUUAUACCCCUGGUGGUGAAAAGUGUGCACUGCGCUACCGUGCUGUCUGACAUCCUCAAACGGUGCACCAUGACAGCGCCCGGUCUUGCCGGCAUCCCCGGCAGACGGAACUCUGGGAAGCUGAUGUCCACGGACAAGGCGCCGUUGCGGCAGCUUUUGGACGCCACGAUCUCGGCGUACAUCAACACCACGCACUCUCGACUGACUCACAUCAGUCCACGGCACUACGGAGAGUUCAUAGAGUUCCUGAGCAAAGCAAGGGUCACCUUCCUGCUGGCACAGGACGGCCACAUCCAGUUUGCCCAGUUCAUAGACAACCUGAAACAGAUCUACAAGGGCAAGAAGAAACUGAUGAUGUUGGUCAGGGAGCGCUUCGGCUGACCUUCACCAAGACUCAGUCAGUGGGAUGUUUUUAUUUUGUUUAGAUUAUGUGUAUUUUGUUUUCCUGUGUCGAGCCAUUCAAUGACUAAGUUAUGUUUUUAUUCCAGUUUGGUUUUGUUUCUUGAAUGUGAACCGGCGAGUGUUUGCAGUUUGUUUUUCUCCACUAUCAUGACCACAGAAGAGGAACGUGACGCGUAAAGAAACGUUAAGAAAAAAAACAAAAGGCAAUUCCCUCAAUAAUUAAUGUUUUAUAAAUAUAUAUAAAUAUAUAAUAUAAAAAGAUCAAAAGGUUGUGAAGAGAAAAGAAAAGAGAAGAAGUUCUGGUGUCGUGCUUUGGCACAGGAAACCAAAUGGUUUUGUUGGUUUGGCUUCAUUGUUUUUUAUUGUUUUGUUUUUUUUUAACAUUCCAAACAGAGAGAAACCACUGAGGUGGAAACACACCCAGUGUUGCCCCCAUACCUCAGCUGUAUUACCUGUGAGGUCUGACCACUCGCAACAUAACUUCUCACACACACACACAAACACACCUGUGAGGUUGUUUCUCCCAUUUACUGCUGUCUGUUUGUGAUUAAACCCGGAGAGUCUCAGUGAUGCAGAGUCAAAAAGUUCAUUUAAAAAAACUCUUUAUUUAUUAACAUGAACUAAACUAAUUUUGUUAACAAUUUUACAAGUCAACACUUGUAAUAUUUAAAAGAAAUCGAUGGACAUGUUUUAAAAGAACUUUUUUCACCUACUCUUGUAUCACGUGAGCUAACUUCAUUUUUACAGUUGAAGUCUGCUUCAUGUUGGUUCUGAUUCAACAACAUCAUCUUUGAAAAAAAAAAACAUUGGGACGAGUCGUGACCUUGUUUCAGCAACAGUGGAAGUUUAACUGUGAUUUUUGCAAGAAAAAAAAAUUGGAUUUAUGAGUAGGUAAAUCGUUCACACUAAAUAGACCACGGGUGUGAAUGUGAGUGUGAAUGGUCUCUGUAUGUGGCCCUGUGGACCCCCCCCCCCCCCCCCAACCAGGUCCCUGGUAGGAAUUAGAUAGAAGACGAUGAGUGAAUGAAAGACUUGUUUCAACAUUAACUCCUGACCACCGUAGUUUUUUUUUUUUGUUUGUUUGUUUUUUUUUGCACUUCCUCCAUCGUUGACACACUUUCCUAAAGUAAAGUUCUAAAGACUUUAACUUCCCUCUGGCCGAGCGACUCUUCUAACACGGGCCUGUAGUCACUGCAGCCACUGGUUGACAUUGUUCCAGACUGUGAAUGUGGAGAUGAUGUUUGUCAACACCUCCAUUUGUCACCCAGUGACGGGGAAUUGUUUGACGAGAGCUUGAAUAUUUACCGGUGGAUGUACAGGCACUUCACCUCAAUACCUCUUUACAACGUUCCUGUUCACCUCAGAUUUUAUUAGUUGUUUUGAAGAAGAAAAAAAAGAAAAGAAAAAAAAAGAAUUUCCAUACACACAGCAGAGCAGCAGUCAACGGAGGACAGGAGGAAGAGACAAUCCUGAUUCUGAAUGGAGAAGUGUGUGUUUGUUAAGUUAGUUAGUUAGUUAGUUAGCUGGUUAGUUAGUUAGUUCAGUCUACUGUAACAUUCCACAGACCCACUACACCGGCCUUCAGCCACAGCUCUGUGUUCUGAUUUUGAUCCGAAGACGUGUGUCGAGUUAGAGAAAGGUCAGGAGGUCGUUUGAGCAGCAGAAAUAAGACAGAGAGACAGACAGACAGAGAGAGAGAGAGAGAGAGAGAGGGGCUAACCUCACUUCUCAGGGACAUCACUUAGAGAAACAAAACAAAAAAAAUAGUAGCAGUAAGCAUUUAAGAUAUUGUAAAUAUGAAAGUGUCAAUUCAGAAAAUUGUAAAGUUAUAAUUAUUUAUGAUACCUAUGUUAUGUGUUUUUUUUUUUUACUUAUUUGUUUUUUGUUAUCUUAAAAGGGUGUACUUGAAUUAUUUUGGACAGGGAAUUUGACGACUUCAUUUUUAAGGUGCUCCUCUGAACAUUUCAUUUACUCACUUUGUUUUUACUCUGAUUAUCGUUUGAUUUGUGUGAGUGUGUGUUUAUUUUUAAAAUAAUUUCCUAAGAAAUUAAAAAGAAAAAGGUUUUUCCAAAAAGAGGCGUGUCAUUCCGACUGGAGGAUCGUGGGUAAAGUAUUUGUUUGUAUGUACUUAGACUAUGCACAACCACUGGGAUGUUCCUGUCCUCUGAACAACAGAACUUUCUUUAAAACAUUCUGACGGAUCAUGUUUGGAACCCAUUAAACAGUCACUGCAAACUUUUAGGUGUGUGUGUGGGGGGCGGGGGGAUGCCUUUCUGACUGAUUAAUGUACAAAGUUUAUUUUUUUGGGUGUGUUUGAAUCAGGACUCAAGCCUUCAGUGUCUUCUCAGAGGUGUUGUGUUGUGUGGUAGCAGUUCGUGGAGACUGAACAACACUCCAGUGUCAGAGACAGAAACAGAAUGGUGUGAACAACACAGAUCAUCUGUGAACAGACUUUUUAUUUUUUGUGUAACUUCAUUUUGCUCAUUGGCGAAAUCCUGACUCCUUGAGACCUGAAAACGGCCCGUGGUCACGUCGUCUCACUGUGUCUGUCUUCUCCCCUUGUCCUUUGUACAUUUGGAGCAGAUGUGAGGGCUGUCAGCAUUAGAGCAGCUUUUAGAGUCCAAAUGUAGGUGCAGGCUUUUCAACAUUACUGUUUAUCCAGAUAAUUGGAACAAGAAAAAUAUUUGACUAAAUCCCGUCUGACUGAGGAGCAAGAUGAGCUGCUCCUCCUUCACUGUUCUGUGUCUACAAGUCAUUCCCUAACCCAUGUCUUCUUUCUUCUUCCUUUCCUUCGCUCAGACAGUAAUAUCUUCUAGUAGAGUUCUAGUCUUACUGUUUCCCACUUGGUUCUGUUUGGGUUUUUGUAACUUGAGGGAAAAUGGAAAGCAUUUGUUGCCUCCUUUGUGCUACUGAUGUUGAAAAGGUAUUUCCAGUAUUUGUUGCCACAGAAGUAUGACAUCUUAUCGACAUUUGUUUCUGAUUUUUUUUUUUUUUGUAAUUUCUUUGUGUGAUUUCUUGAGCUACUGUCUAUAAAACAAAAA